AUGGCAUAUACAUGCCAUCAUCUAGCAUACAUCCCCUUACUUCUAGACAUUAUUCAAGAUUUUUACCACUCAUUUUUUGGCAAGAGCACAACAGCAGAGACUCUCACACACUACAAACAUGAGUUUAUACACGUGAUAUGGAUCCUCCUCCUUGACAACAAUUUCAUAGAGGCAUACACUCAUGGAAUUAUUGUUUGA